CCAACCCAGGGAUUGAACCCAAGUCUUCCGCAUUGCAGGUGGAUUCUUUACCAUCUGAGCCACCAGGAAAGCAUCUUCUUGGGGCAUCCACCCAUUUUUCAGGCCAACUUCUGGGUCUGGCUGCUCCAGCUGGUUUGAGUCUUAGGAAAGGCCCAGAGCUGUUUUUUUGUUUGUUUGUUUGGAUUCCCAGGGUCUUUGAUUUGGGUGUGGCCAGGCCCCUGAAGGAAGGGGCUGAUCCUGCUGAGGCAGUUGGCCAGCUGUGUGUGAGGCCGGCCCAGACCCCUAAGCCCCAGGCCAGGUUUUCUCCAUGACCUAGCUCUUCCCAGAGAACUUCCUGAAAACAAGUCCUGAGAGGCACUGACUGUCCUCUGUGCUGCCCCGCUGGCCGGCCCCUUAGAGCCCGUGUGAGGGACGGGAAACAGCUGCUUCAGGACAGCACGUUCCCCACCACUCCCUCUUCCCUUGGGGAGUGGGGGUGGGGGAGAUGUCAGGGACCCAGGCUGGACAGAGGUGGUGAGUGGGCCCGUCUCCUCAGCCGUGGAGCAAAAUGAGUCAGGUGGGCCAACAGGUGGCUGGUGGGUGUUAGGUACGCAGGUGGUCAUCAGGAGUGUAAGAGACCUGAAGAGGUGAUGGGGAGACUUGCCAAGUGGUUAGUGCAGAUGGGCAGUAGGUCAGGAGGAGUACAGAUUGGGGCUGGCAGGCACCUGCUGGUGGAGGGCUGGGCAGACAAGAGCUCCCCAGAAGAUGAGCGGAACUCAGUCUGAGGACAUUUCCUAUAGGUAAUCGACUUAAUUGCUUUAUGCCUUAGCUUUCCCAUCUGGAAAAGGGGGAACUAUCCUUCCUUGCCGGUUUAUACUGGGGGAGGUACAUUAAAUGAGAGCAGGCACAGAGUAGGCACUCGAUCCAAGCUGCUUGCAGUUCUCUGAGGGUUUUCCAUAUGGGCUCUUCAAAGCCCCAUCUUUCCUGCCCUGUACUUUCUGAAACAAAGCACAGUAACUGUGAUUGUGCACUCAAUAACAAAGUUCUGGAAAAAAUCCCUGUUAAAUAUCACGUUAUUAGAUGUGACCCAAUCUUCAGUUUCAUUUUUAGGUUUCUUUUUAUGUGUUUGUUUUUGGCGGCACUGCGUCUUUGUUGUUGCGGCUUUCUCUAAUUGCAGCAAACCCAGGCUACUCUUCAUUGCCUUGCAGCCGUGCACGGGCUUCCCAUUGUGGUCGCUUCUCUUAUUGUGGAGCAUGGGCUGUAGGCAUGCGGGCUUCAGUAGUUGCGGCGCACGGGGCUUAGUUGCUCCACUGCAUUGGGAUCUUUCCGGACCAGGGAUUGAACUCAUGUCCCCUGCAUUGGCAGGUGGAUUUUUAACCACUGGAUCACCAGCGAAGCCCCUCCCUCAGUUUCUUAGAGCCUCCAUCGCAUCACCUGAAGAGUCGCUCUCCCUUUAGCCCCAAACAUAGCCACAGCUCUCACAACCUGGGUGCUUGUGGUUCCACUACAAUUUCUCACAAACUAAGGGCAGAGCCCUGUGGCACUCCAGUAGAGAGAUCACAAGGAGACUGCAUUCUUGGUGCCUCUGUUCCAGAACUCUUCAUCAUUCCUAAAGGAUCUCACAAGUGACACUGGUAUAAAUUUGGAUUUACAAUUAUAUUUUGUUUGCACUCUAAGGAAAAAGUGUAAGAAUUCUGUUUUCUGUUUGUUUCUUUUCAGUAUGCAGAAUCUGACCAGAUGAGUUUUUAAUGAGCCCAAGAAAGGCUUCCAACUCUCGCCUUCCUCCUCUGAAUGUUCACACUCCACCCCUUUGAGCUUCAGUUUCUAAUUUCCCCCAGGGACUGACAGAAACCUCCUCAGGGUGUGAAAAAGGUGGCAGCUACUCCAGGAAACAUGGCCAAGUUUGCCCUGAAUCAGAACCUGCCGGACCUGGGUGGCCCUCGCCUGUGCCCCAGCGCGACUGGGGGCGCCCGCAGCCCGAGCUCGCCCUACUCGGUGGAGACCCCCUACGGCUUCCACCUGGACUUGGACUUCCUCAAGUAUGUGGAGGAGCUGGAGCGCGGCCCCGCUUCCCGCCGCGCUGCGGGGCCCCCGCCCGCGCGCCGUCCCCGCGCGCCCCGGGCCGGCCUCUCAGGCGCGCGCAGCCCAGGCGCCUGGACCUCCAGCGAGUCCCUAGCUAGCGACGAUGGCGCAGCGCCGGGCGCACUCUCCCCGGGUGCGCCGUCAGCGCUGAUGCUGCCGCCGCUGUCCCCGCGCGCACCCGUGCGCAACCCACGCGUCGAGCGCACGCUCCUGGAGACCAGCCGGCGGUUGGAGCUAGCGCAGGCGCAAGGGGGCGCGCCCGUUCCGGCCCGCGCGGCCCCUCGCAGCCCUCGCGGGUCUGGCCACAGCAGCCCCGCCCCCAACCCGGCCCUGGCCUCGCCUGGCCCCGCGCAACUGCAGCUGGUACGCGAACAGAUGGCCGCGGCGCUGCGGCGCCUGCGCGAGCUCGAGGAACAAGCGCGCGCGCUGCCCGAGCUGCAGGAGCAGGUGCGCGCGCUGCGCGCCGAGAAGGCGCGGUUGCUGGCUGCGCGCCGGCAGCCGGAGUCCGACGGGGAGGCCGAGGCGCGCCCGGACAAGCUUGCUCAGCUGCGGCGGCUCACCGAGCGUCUGGCCACCUCUGAGCGCGGCGUUCGCGCCAGGGCCAGCCCCGGGGCUGACGGCCCAGACGGGUCGGCUUCUAGCCACAGCGAAGGUGCGCCGCCGGGUCUCGACCGGGCACCCCAGACAAGGGAGGCAGGCACCCAGAUCGUGCCGGAGACCCAAAAGGCGGGAGUCCAGGCGGUGCCGGAGACCCAGGAGGCCGGCGUGGGGGCAGCUCCUGAGACCCUCGAGGCGGAGGCGUGGGUGACGGAAGCUCUGCUGGGGCUGCCCGCGGCCGCCGAGCGCGAGCUGGAGCUGCUUCGCGCCAGCCUGGAGCAUCAGCGCGGGGUGAGCGAGCUCCUGCGGGGCCGGCUGUGCGAGCUGGAGGAAGCCCGCGAGGCUGCUGAGGAGGCCAAGGCCGAGGCCGCGGCGUCCCGGCCCCAGCCGUGCGAGGCUACCACCCAGACCCCGUGGGAUUAUGUGGAGAAGACCACUCAGACCGAUGUUCCAGUGGAGGCCCCAGCCCCGAUGCCUGAGAACUCCCCCGGAUCCACGGAUGGGGACAGGGCUGUGGCACCCGCGGGCACUCUCAAAUCCAUCAUGAAGAGGAAAGAUGGUACACCUGGUGGCCAAACCAGCCCAGGACAAAAGAGCCUGCAGUUUGUUGGGGUCCUCAAUGGAGAGUAUGAGAGCUCGUCCAGCGAGGGCGACAGCGAGGAUGGCGCUGCCGAGCCCCCGAGGAGCAGUUCCUCGGGCUCAGGCGACGACAGCGGAGCGGCAUCCGACUCCGAGACCCCUGGAGCUCCCAGCUGCAAGGAGGACCGGGACGCGGAGCCGGAGGCAGAGCAGGAACCUCAGCCGGGCGUGCACGGGAGGUGCGAGCUGAGCCCGCGUUUGAGGGAGGCGUGUGCAGCGCUGCAGCGGCAGCUGAGCCGGCCCCGCGGGGUCCCCCGCGACAGUGGUGCGGCGCGCCUGGUGGCCCAGGAGUGGUUUCGGGUGUCAAGCCAGCGGCGCUCUCAAGCGGAGGCUGUGGCCGGGGUCCUGGGCGCGGUGGCGCGCCUGGGUCGGGAGCUGCUGGAGCACGUGGUGAACCUGGUGGAUGGCAACGGAAACACAGCCCUACACUACAGCGUGUCCCAUGGGAACCUGGCCAUUGCGAGCUUGCUGCUGGAUACGGGGGUCUGCAAGAUUGACCACCAGAAUAGAGCUGGCUACUCUGCCCUCAUGUUGGCGGCACUCACUUCUGUGGGGCAAGAGGAGGACAUGGCUGUGGUCCAGAGACUCUUUCACAUGGGCAACGUUAAUGCCAAGGCCAGCCAGACGGGACAGACAGCCCUCAUGCUGGCCAUCAGCCACGGCCGCCAGGACAUGGUAGCUGCCCUGCUGGCAUGCGGGGCAGACGUGAACGUGCAAGAUGCAGACGGGGCCACGGCGCUGAUGUGCGCCAGCGAGUAUGGGCGCUUAGACACUGUGCGGUUGCUGCUGGCCCAGCCGGGCUGCGACCCUGCCCUCCUGGACAACGAGGGCACCAGCGCCCUGGCCAUUGCCCUGGAGGCUGAGCAGGACGAGGUGGCCGCUCUGCUGCAUGCCCACCUGAGCUCAGGCCAGCCUGGCCCCCAGCUAUCCCCUGAUUCAUCCACGGCCACGCCUGGUGAAGGAGGCUGCAGUGACAGUGGAGAGGACCCCCUGCCCCAGUGACUGGCCUCACACACUGGACCCAGACUGGGGGUGGGGGAGGCAGAGGCAGGUCCUGAUCUCUGGGCAGAGGUCUGUGGCCAGAGGCUCAGCUUGAACGGCACAGGGUGAGGAGGCAGCCGAGGGAGUGAGCCAGCCCCUAGUCUACCCAUUCCUCCAGCCUUCUUACCUAAUAAAACCUUCCUAACUCA